AGCAGUCGGCAUCGGUGUCUGCUACCACUCUCUCUGGAACUCCACGAACCUACUGUUAUUACUAGUGCGGGAUCUAGCGACGAAAAAUCCCGAUGGCGGACUUGUCUCAACUUUUACUUGCAUCAUUGAACCCUUCGACACGCAAGGACGCGGAGGCAUCUUUGACCCAAAUCUCGCUGCAACCUGGCUUCUUGAGCCAUCUCCUCAGGCUCGUACUCACUCAAACGGAAAACAAGAGUGUUAGGCUCGCAGGGAGCGUAUAUCUGAAGAAUACGGUCAAGAACCGAUGGGAUGAUGAGACCGACACGCCGAUCAGUCCUUCAGACAAGGAUGCAAUACGCACGGAAAUCAUACCGGCUAUGAUCACUCUUUCGAGUGCGGGAGAUAAGGCGUCCCGUACCCAGAUCGCCGACGCGGUGUCCAUCAUCGCGAGUUUCGACUUUCCGGAGCAAUGGCCGCAACUCAUCACCCAACUCGUAUCCUCUCUCUCGGAGUCGGACUAUAGCGUCAACGUAGGCGUCCUCGAGACUGCUCACUCCAUCUUCCGGCCUUGGCGGAGCGCAGUCCGAUCCGAUGCCUUAUUUUCAACCAUCAACCUCGUUCUCGCGGGUUUCAUGCAACCCUUUCUCAACCUCUUCCGUCAUACCUCAUCCAUCCUCUUAUCCACCAUACCUACUGUUUCUGGUCAAGCACUGCAGACUGUCGCGCAGGCCCAGAGUCUCGCCACGGACGUCAUCUACGACUUGACCUGCCAAGACCUUCCGCCCGAUGUCGAAGAUAACUUUGCCGAAUUCUUCGGACCGAAUGGCCUAUUCCUUCGUUUCCUUGCUUGGAAAAACGCAGAGCUGUCUGGAGACCCUGACGAUACGACGCCAAGUCUCUCCAGCCAGAUCAAGACGGGCAUUCUCGAGAUCUCGGAGAUGUACACGAAGCUUUACCCGGAGAUGAUGCAGUCGUCACACGCAGUACCGUCGAUCGUACGCGCCGUGUGGGAUCUCAUUGGCGCUGGUCAACUGAACGGUGUUGGCGAUGACGGGCUGGUAUCUCAAGCACUGCGGUUCAUAUCGGCGACGAUCCGGAGUGGGCACUACAAAGAUCUGUUUGGUUCCCAGGAGACUAUCACUGGCCUCGUGCAGGGCGUCGUGGUCCCGAAUGUGGGUUUAAGAGAGCACGAGGUCGAACAAUUUGAGGACGAUCCUCUUGAAUUCAUCCGGCAAGACCUCGCGCUACCCUCGCUAGGAACAAGCGAUGCGCCGACCCGCAGGCAGGCGGCUGCGGACGUAGUGCGCGCGCUCGUUGCCAGCGGCCUCGAGGCCGAAACGACUCGGAUCGUCGGUCAAUGGAUAACGUCCGGGUUGACCGAAUACCACUCCAACCCUUCUCAAAACUGGAAAGCAAAGGAUAGCGCGAUAUACCUCCUUACUGCAGUGGCGACGAAAGGCAGCACGACCCAGCAUGGUGUCACCUCGACGAACGCCCUCGUCGAUGUUGUCCAGUUCUUCUCCGAGAACGUUUUCCAGGACUUGCAGUCGUCCAGCGUACAUCCUAUACUACAAGUGGACGCCAUCAAAUUCUUGUACACUUUCCGCAACCAGCUCAGCAAAGAGCAGCUUCUCUCUGUCCUACCUCUGCUACAUAAGCAUCUGUCGUCUGAUAACUACGUCUGCUAUACUUACGCGGCGAUCACGAUUGACCAGAUCCUGUUCAUCAAGCAGAAUAACCAGCUCAUGUUCUCGCAGACGGAUAUCCACGACAUCGCUCCCAGCCUGCUGGAAGCGAUUUUGACGAAGAUAGAGAGCGGUGGCUCCCCCCAAAAGAUCGCCGAGAACGACUACCUCAUGAAAUCCGCUAUGCGAGUGAUUAUAACCGCUCGCCAAACGCUUACGCCCGGCUAUCAGACCAUCCUCCAACGGCUCGUAUCAAUCCUGGGAGUUAUCUCAACGAAUCCUAGCAACCCGAACUUCGACCAGUACAUCUUCGAGAGCAUAUCUGCACUCAUCCGCUUCGUUGCCAGUGGAACGCCUUCAACACUACCUACGUUCGAGCAAGCACUCUUCCCCGCUUUCACUGUGAUCAUCCAGCAGGACAUUGAUCAAUACAUCCCAUACACCUUCCAGAUCAUUGCACAAAUGCUGGAACUACACAAAACCGACGUUCCGACAGGAUACCGGGAACUGUUGCCUUUCCUGUUGACACCGGCGGUAUGGCAACAGAAGGGCAGCAUACCGGGAUUGGUCAAACUGUUGAAGGCGUUCCUGGCACGGGAUGUCCCUUACAUCAUCUCGAGCUCACACUACCAAGCAGUGCUGGGCGUCAUCCAGGGCCGUCUGAUUCCAUCAAAACUCAAUGACGUCUGGGGAUUCGAGCUCUUGCAGUCCGUCAUACAAUAUGUGCCUCCGACACACCUUCAGCAACAUCUCAAACCAUUACUGCUCACACUCUUGACUCGCAUGCAGACGUCUAAGACGGACAAAUACGUUUAUCACUUCUCAUAUUUCGUUCUCUUCACUCUGGCCAUUCCCGGACAAGGCUUAACUCCUGAUUUCCUGAUCCGGCCCAUGGAGGAGAUUCAACCUGGAUUGUGGUCGCAGGUCCUUACAAACUUCGUCGUUCCCCAGACGCCGAAAAUGCCGCCCAAAGACCGUAAAGUCGCCGCUGUCGGUUUGACCAGAUUGCUCACUCAAAGCGAGGUGAUGUUCCAAAGCCCGUCGGUCAAUGUUUGGCCGGCAGCCUUUUCCGCUCUCGUCCGUUUAUUCCAAGAACCUCAGCAUCUGAAGAAAGAUGUCGAAGAGGAUCCGGACGCAGGCCUCACUGCGAUAGAUUACGAGGAGCAGAACGCCGGAUAUCAAGCGGCGUACUCCAAACUCGCAGCGUCCGAAGGCGCGCCUGUUGACCCGGUGGCGUCCAUUCGUGACCCUCGGGAGUACCUUGGCCAAGAGCUAGUCCGGGUUUCGAAGACCACCCCGGUAGUCAAGUCGUUAAUUCGCGCAGGGGAUUCCUCGGUCGUCACGCCGUUUGUCCAACAACUGGCAGCUGCGGGAUUCGCCUUCUGAACAGACAGAGAAGCGGAAUUGAACCGGUGUGGGCUACAGGACGAUUUGUAUCAUUUUCGCGGGCAGUUUAGUUGAAUAAAAGCUCCAUUCCUGCGAUCAAGUGUUCAAUCC